CCAGAAUGCGUGGGAAUGCUGAGUGGAACACUAUUGUGACUUUCUUCCCGUUCAACAGUAACAAACACCGUAGACCUCUACCUGUACGCACCACACCGGGAGGGGUUUUGAAUGCUGUUGUGCGACUGUCAAGAGGCACUGUAAUUUGAAAUCGAGGAAAUAAGACGUCGGACUGAAGAGCAAACGGUCCGUACCCAUAACUUACCGACUCCGGUCUGUUUUGCAGUUUAUUCCUAUUAGAUUUCCCCCCUGAGAAAUCAGUCAAGGAAUAUUCAUUGCGUUCUGGUGUGGUGGUGGGGAUUUCAUGUCCACCCCGUCUUUUUAGAAUGGCGAGAGAAUACGCUAAACAUUGCCCCGCAUCACCAAUGAAAAACAGUUUGUUGGUGACAGCAGCGAUCCUUCUGAUUAUUCAAGCUGCUUCGUGUCAGCGGGUGAGGGUGGAGACGGAGGUGGAGGCGUACCCCACCGAGUCGGUCGACCUCCGCUGUCAGUUUGUCGACGGAGGAAACACCAAGCUCACACAGGUGUCGUGGAUAUGGGAGCCCACGGAAGGCCAGCGGGACAACAUUGCCGUCUUUCACCCCACAUACGGCGAGAGCUUCCCCGAAUCUCCCUUCUCUGGGCGUGUCCGCUUCAUCAAAGGCACCUUGACAAGCCCCUCCAUUACCAUUACCAGCCUGAAGAUGGCCGACGCCGGGCGGUACACCUGCGAGUACGCCACCUACCCCAGCGGCAAUGAGCAAGGCACCACCAAUCUGGUCAUGCUUGCUAAACCCAAGAAUUCGGCAUCUCCCGUUGUCGUCCAAGCCAGCACCAGCGGCAAACCAGUGGUCGUGGCCCAGUGCGAGGCUGCCGACAGCAAGCCAGCGGCCACCAUCAAGUGGAUGGGAGCGGUCGGUGGCACUGAAAACACCACCUCCGUAAAAGGGCCGGACGGCACGGUGACGGUGAGGAGCGAGUACCUCAUAGUGCCCACGCCAGAGGACAACGGCAAGGAGGUCACCUGCAUAAUCAGCCAGCGCACCCAGGACAAGCCCCAGACCUUCCCCAUGAAGUUGGCCGUCGAGUAUCCCCCGACUGUGUCCAUAGUGGGCUAUGAUAACAAUUGGUACAUCGGCCGAACCGACGCUGUCCUGACCUGCCAGGCCACUGGCAACCCUGCCCCCACCACCGUCACUUGGACAGUCAUGUCAGGUCCUAUGCCUGACACGGUGCAGAUCAACGCCAACAAGCUGAUCGUGCGGAAGGUGGACGAGGCUGUGAACACCACCUUCGUCUGCGAGGUGAAGAACCGGCUGGGAGUGAGCAAGCACCAGGUCACCACAGCGGUCAUCGAGGCCAUAGUGGACCCGUCCAACGCGGGCGUGGUGGCGGGGGCUAUCAUCGGCAGCCUGCUGGCCCUUCUGCUGGUCAGCGCGCUGAUUGCCGUCCUGGUGACCCGCAGUCGCCGGCAACGGCGCGGCUACCCCGGCAACGGAGAGCCAGGCCCCUACGGGAACAAAGCCCGCCUCUUCGGCGGAGCUGGCAACAAGAAUGGAGGCACUGGGCUUAACAUCAAUGGGCCCAUCUAUACGUACCGCGAGAGUGACUCCGGAGCACUGGCCAAGGUUAACGACUUCGGCCCGCCAGGCUCCAACCCCACCGCCCACGACAUCCUGCUGAGCAGCGAAAUGGAUGAGGCGGAGCGCAGGAAGUUCGACGCACUCGACGGCAGCCUGGAGGAGGAAGAGGAGCGCUAUGACAGCUUCAGCGUGGGCAUGGCGCCAGCCUAUCACAUCCACCGGCGCGACGACGAGAUGGGAGGGGUCAGCAUUUACCUGGAUGACGACAUGGAGUCACAGCGGGACGGGUCGGUCAUCUCCCGGACUGCCAUCUACGUCUAGAGAGGGACGGUCAACCAACAGGGUCCAGGAGGGAGAGCUGAGGACAGGGAGGAGAAUUCACCACCAACCUCCAACCACCAGUCUGGAAUGAUCCCAUCCAGCACCCUUCCCCUGCUUACUCUAGAGACAUGCUUCGCUUAUGAUUAUUUUCUAUUAAAAGAAACCACCACAGGAACAAAACAAGGAGUUGAAACUGUUCUGUAACUGAUGGACAAGCAGAGUGAUGACUUGAGGGCGCUGCUGAAUGACUAGACGUCUCGAAGUCAGUCAGUCAGUCUACCCCAAAAAUCAAACGCUGUAUCUCCUCUUCAAUGCUGCUUACCGCUCCAUUUCAUUUCAGCUUAGCAAGUGAAACGUGAAGAGUGACCGCAUUUAGUAGCCAACUAAUCCACGGGACUGCGAACACCGUAAACACUUUUUCUUGGUAAGGAAACGUACCGUUCAAUGUCACCUUCAUGGGAAAACUUUAGACGCAUUCGUAGAUGCUCACACUAGUUCUAUAACCACUGCUACUGCUUCGAGAUGUCCUCCGGGGAACCGCGGUGUGGAGGGCAAGGAACAAAGCUGUGACUUGCUUAAUGUGCAUCAUCACAGGCAUACACAGUGUUAUGUAAUGGUCUUUGUAUUAUCAAGAUGUUUGGGCCUUAAGGCCUCGUUGAAGCACGUUUGGUUUUAAUGACUAUUAGGCAGAGGUUCUUCCCACCAACUUAGUUUCCAACAUUAUUUUCAUGCACUUUUCCUUCUUUCUAAUGGCUUUGUGAUUCUUUUCUUUUACAUUUGGGAGACCAGCGACAUGGUAGACCAAGCUGGGGGUGGGGUUUGAACGAGAGAAGUGGUGCGACCAAAUCCGCAAAAAAAAAUUCCACCUGAAUGUUGGCUCUGUUCAUGUUGGUCGAAUUUCACUGCUAAGCAAGGGUCAGCGGGUCAGCUGGCACCGUCCGAGGUGUGCUAGCCUACCAUGCUUAGGGUCCAAAACCAGCUUGUCUAGUUUGCCUAGGGACAGAUAACAGACCCACUGACAGAUGGACAGGCACACCCAUCUCUAACUGGGCCUCCUGCUCUGCCUGUCAGUUUGACCAAUUAGACGGGAGCACCCUCCAUUUCCCCGGCAAGUCGAUCAAUGCGCCGUCUUUUUAAUGGCAACGAGAUGUUUCGCUGCCGACGCUCGAGGAUCAGAGGCAGAGGCGGAAUAUUUCCCUCUCUGUUUUUACCAGAACAAGCUGUUCCUUCCCCGCAUGUUUAAUUCAGGAGUGGAAGAAGCAUAAAAGUGUUGUGCGUUACCUUGUGCGGAGGGAUAGAGAGAGAGAGAGGCUGGUAUUGAGUACUUGUGCGAUUUAAUCCAGUUAAACCAAGCUGCACAUAAGGCUGAAAUUCCGAUAUUUUGCUCCCGAAUACAGUAGGAAUUAUGAGGUGGUAUGAGGUAGACCGUCUAUGAUCAAUUAUCUACUUAGUCUUAGAAAUAUUAUCUUUUUUUUUUUUAGCAGGGACGGAAUACUUAGUAGAGUAUUUAUAUUUGUCGUUUUUUUGCUGCGUCUGUGUGUAAUCUCUUCUGGCCUUCUAAGGGGGCAGUAACACAUUAAAUAUGCCUGUGACUGUGUGUGGGGGUAUUUCUGACCAUGUGCAAGGCCCAUUAGUUCUAAGCCUGGCCGGCAUAUGUGUUUUCGAGUUCUGAGUGGACCGAAUUUGACUCUCUGCCAGACCUGGAACGAGGGUAAGGAGCUAACCCCACCCGCAGUAUGUUCCACUGUCGGAUUAACGGCGUACACUUUAAAGCAGCGGCCGCGCGUGGGUGUGCUGACGAGUGUGUCAAUUGUGCAAGGGUGUGUGUAGCGUGAUUGAACAGAUUUGUGUCGGCGAGUGGAUUUUGCGUUUGUGUGUGUGUGUGUAUGUGUGUAUAUCCCACACGCUGAUUCACCGCGUAAUAGCUCAAUAUUAUGCAGGAGUUGUUUUUGCAUAAUUUCAUCCAUAUGGAUUGCUAAGCCUAUCCUGAUUUUAUCUCGGGAGUCAUUCAUCACUCAUUUCAUGCACAGUAACCUCACUGAUGAAGGGGUUGGGGGACGGUGAUAGGAAACUGCUUAGCACGAGGACCCGCGUGGACAUGAAUAUUUCACUGGCGGAGCUGGAGUGACUCAAAAGGCCUUUGGAGUGGUCUCCUGUGCCACCCCUUGACAGAAUGAAAACCUGAUUGGGUAUUGGUAUCCGGGCCGCUGCUCUGAAAAUAUUGUGUUCGACUCCUCCUCCUUUGCCUUUUUUAUCACAGAUUCAUAUCACAUUAUCAGAUCAUCACCACUGUGUCCAAAUGAACGGUUUGUUUUCCUUAUGAUGUUUUGUGCGAAUGGAUAUAAGCAUUUUAACAGUCUUAUGUGAAGUGUUGGUUGUGUAUUUGUUGAUGUAAAAAAAAUCCAUUUAAUGAAGUAAGUGUGUAUUUAUCUUCGAGGCUUCCGAUAAGAAAUGUUAUUUAGAAGUGCUGUGUAGAUUAUGGUAAAUUGGUCCAUUAACACAGACUACUAUUAUGGGAAUUGGUUGCAAAAUAACCAAUGAAUACAAAUGACCUUACUGUAAUUACAUGUGUGUCAAUGCAUGUAUCUUGUAGCCUACUGGUACAUAGAGGUACAUUAUAUUAUCGAGGGCCUUGAACUCUAAGCUGCUCUCACCAUCUUCUCCACACAAACACUCUCUCUCACUCUUUCUUCCACAGAUAAACUCACAUGAGAGCAUAUAAUCACCCUCUCUCAAGAUCUGUUUCACCCAUAGAAUGCGCGCGCACACACACACACACACACACACACACACACACACACACAAAUAUCUUUCCCCGACCUGACACACCUUGAGUGCAAUGCCUCCCAUUAGCAGGGGCAAGAUUGUUCCUCGUUUGGCUCCAUCAUCAUUCUCCAUCUUGCUAUUAAGAUGAACAGAGAGAGAGAACAUUUCUCUCUACAGAGGCUUAAAACCUUUAAUUCCCCAUUUCCCUGUUUUUAAGAAGUAAACCCAGCACCAAUUUCACAUGGAAUAAAAAGCUACGUUUCUGGGAUAAAAUUACUCUCCCUGUCUAAGGGCAGUGGUGGUGGUCAUUUUAAAAAGCCUAAUGGGUCACGACAGCCUACAAUUCACUCCCGACUCUAAACUAAAGACAACCAAACAAAGCCUUAAAUUCACAAUUCCACCACAUGCAGUAUUCCCCGUGUCCCUCGUGUACAUAGUAUAAAUAAAUCGAACAUAACAUGCAACAAGCAUGACUAAUUGAUGUGGUCAUGUUAGCCCAGUUGCUGGCAUAAUAAGAUAUUCAAUUUUUUCGGUUAAAUUCUAAAGUGUUUUUUUUUUUUGGGGUGGUUUUUCUUGAGCACAAUAUUGACAGGAUUAUGACCUGGAGAAUAUGACUAAUAUUAAAAUGCUCCUAUAUUCCCAGAUGUUUGUCUCUCACUACAAGCUGCUAGUAUAACGAUGUUCUCUGUAUCACCAUCUGACAUUGUGGGUGUUUCGUUCCAGUUUGUCCUGUCACAUUUAUUUUUGUAUUCUGGUGUUAUUAAAGUAUGAUGGAUUUCUAAAUACGA